CGCAGCAAAAAUCCAAAUCUUUGCGUUCAGUAAACGCUCUGGUCUCCCCACUUUGCGUUGCCUUUCUUUUCCAUGCCCACACGGAUCACACACCCACUUGAUAUGGUUAGAUAUAUAUAUACACACGCCAUUUUGAGUUCUCUCGUUCAUUAGUGCCUUCCAGUUUGCUAUUUCCGUUUCCUUUUUUCUUAAUUUGGCCUUCCUUCCUUCCUUCCUUCUCUGCCGCAUAACACAAUCUUAGGAAUUUAGGGUCUGAUUUUGAGUUUUGCCUUCAUGGGUCUCACUCUUUCCCGGGUUUUGGCGUCUAGAUUCCUGCUUCCCUUUUUUUCCCUUGAGAAAGUUGCUGGUGAUCUCUUCCCCAAGCAGUUGGAAAGCAUGAUGUGCUUGGUCUCCCGCACCGGCAGGCAUCUGCAGCGAUACGACAAAGGCUGUCGCCAAGUAGUCGGAUGCAUUCCAUACAGAUACAGAGAAACUAAUGUUGAGGGAACCCGUAAAGAGGAAAUUGAGGUUCUUGUGAUUAGUGCUCAGAACGGCCAUGGAAUGCAGUUCCCGAAGGGAGGUUGGGAGAUUGACGAAUCCAUGGAACAAGCUGCCAGGAGAGAGACUUUAGAGGAAGCAGGGGUUGUUGGCAAUGUCGAAAGUAAAUUGGGUAAAUGGAAUUAUAAAAGCAAACGCCAAUCUACUGUACAUGAAGGAUAUAUGUUCCCUUUGCUUGUCAAGAAUCAGCUUGAGGAUUGGCCAGAGAAGAACAUCCGAAAGCGAAGAUGGUUGACUGUGGCUGAAGCAAAAGAAGUUUGUCCACAUGCUUGGAUGAAGGAAGCUUUAGAUAUAUUGGUCACUAGGCAAUCUCAAGUCAAGCGGAAAUAGAGGAAAAUGUCAAGUUAGAUGUACAUUGUUUGUAUUCUCUCAUGUUUGUGCAAUUUCCAAGCCAUGCAAGCACUGGGAUAUGACUUAUCGGGACAGAAAAUUUCAAGUGCGGGAGAGGGAAUCAAGGUGCUGAAGUUCAUGUUUGCUUAAUUUCCUGUUGGUGCUACUGAAAGUGCAGCAAUUGGAAUACAAGUUUGUAGGGUGUAGUUGAGAGAUCUUGCAACGGAAGUCAGCUGUAGAUAUACUAACUCAAUUCAUUCUUUCAUUCUUUCUUUGUAUUCUUCCAAUCUGAUUCUUUGUGUACAAUACUGUCUGGCAUCAAUCAUAACUCCAUUCUUCUUCGGCUA